AUGCGCAGUCAAUCAACAGCAGCGCUCAAGGCUGCUAGGGAACUCCCAGUAAUGCCUUUGCUAGACCACAUAAGGCAAUUGAUCGGACGAUGGAAUGUUACAAACCUAAAGAAUGCAGUAGAGUCAUUCACUGAUCUUGGAAAAAAAUAUGAUACAAUGUUGAUGGACAAUCUUGAAGUGUCACAUCAGAUGAAGGUAACCCCUUCGACGAGUUACUUAUAUUCAGUACUUGACAAGGGUAAGCAGAGAAUGGUGUUCCUAAAAGAUCGAACUUGCAGCUGUAGACGGUUUCAGUUGGAUGAGUUGCCAUGUGCACAUGCUUGGGCAGUAUUAAAAUACAAAUUCAUUGAUCACAUUGAGUAUUGCUCGGUGUACUACACCAGGAAGUACCUAUUGAAGACCUAUGAAAUUCCAAUUUAUCCGGUUCCUGAUGAAAACACAUGGAAAAUUCUUGCUGAAGUUCUAAAUGAAAAAGUCUUGCCACCAGACGUGACUAAAACAAUAGGAAGGCCAAGGAAGGGGAGGUGCAAGCCAAUAUCUGAAAGGUAA